AUGCCUCAGUGUUCUCUUUGUGGGGCGUCUGGAACCGGCCGCUUUUGCUCCGAGUGUGGCCAGCCCUUCGCCAACGGAGCACAACAAGUACAGCCCAACCAGUCUAGUGGUAUCCAACAGCAGCAGCAACAGCAGCCACCACGCGUUCCGCCGCGAUUCCAAGAGCAAAUGUCAUUCGAGGAGCAAGACCAGAAGUCGCUUAUGUAUCAACAACAAAACAAUGCCAACACGCCACCUGUCAUCCCUGUCGUGUAUGUGGAUGGAGACGCAGCUGCAGCGAGAAGCAACGGCCGCUCGGCCUCCGCGGCUUCGUCCAAUGGCGGACAGGACACCAACAUUGGCGGUCGCACGCUGUCGUCAAGUGGCUCUGGGAUCCUCACGAGCCGAUACUCGGACCAUCCAAACUGCGACGUCUGUGGCUUGGCCUUCGACGUCACUAAGCGUCGACACCAGUGUCGUGCGUGUGGUCGCUACGUCUGCGGCAACUGCUCCCCGUUAAUGCUGUUGAUCCCUGAAGGAGACCAGAUCGAAGGCGCUAGAGGCUACGAUCCGUCCAUUCCGCAGCGUGCCUGUUUACACUGCGCUCCUGCGUUGCGUCCCCUUCAAGAGGAGCUGGUGGCUCGAUACGCCAAGGCAAACGUCGAGACAGCUCCACACGAAGCCAAGUCGAGACUUCACGUGCCAUUUUCUCCCUCCCUGGAGAAGGAAUGCACCAACGCAGCCGAUAUCAUUGGCAACUUUUUCCGGAACGACUCGGGUGCAUCCGGGGACAGAGCGAUCCCGAUCUCAAUGUUGGAAAAUGCGCACGGGCUGGCAAUCAUGACGAUUGUCAAGGCAGGGUUCCUUAUUGUCGGCAAGGUGGGCACAGGUAUCGUGAUUUCUCGUCUCGGGGACGGAUCGUGGUCUGCGCCUUCAGCUAUUGGCACUGUGGGGCUGGGCGGUGGCUUUGAGAUUGGUGGAGAGAUCGUCGAGGUCAUGAUCAUUCUGGGCUCUCCAGCUGCUGUGCAGGUCUUCUAUUCGCCUCAGGUCAACUUGGGCGCAGGUUUGGACGUCGCCGUGGGUCCUUACGGGCGAUCAGCCGCCGCUGCCGCAGCGAUCAGCAGUACUGGACUUAACGGCAACUACAGCUACUCGAUCAGCAAGGGUCUAUACGCUGGAAUUUCACUCCAGGGCUCUGUGAUCGCAACGCGCAGUGAUCUAAACCGGAAGUUCUACGGACAGGAUCUGGAGGCGAGUGCACUACUGAGUGGAGCUGUAGGCCAACCUGUGGCUGCUAAACCGCUGUAUGAGGCUCUAGACCGUGCCACACAUGGCAUCCAGGAACACAAGGAAGUGCUGGCCGAGAGGUCUCGCAUGAUGGGGGCAUGUCGUGCCUGCAAUUGCCAGGUCUUCGUAGCUCACUCGCACCAAAUCUGGAACAAGAAAUGCAAGACCUGCAACCAUAUUCACUAG